AUGUUCUCUGCUAGCGCUCUCCUCUCUACACACACGACGACGCACAGGGUUCCGACUCCGACGCAGAGAUUACCAUAAUGAAACAAGUCUGCUGGAAUAAAGUGGGAUUCUCCGUGGUGCUGCAGGAACAUGAGCGUCUCUCCACAAGUCUAUAUUCCGUUGCAGCACGUUGUUCUAUUUAGUUUGGGGAGACAAAGAAAAACAUGUCGCCAACUUCUGUAGUCGAACAUUUCUUGUUUUGUAAUAGAAGACAAGGCGCACUUAAACUUUAGAUGGAUCGGAGUAUGGGACGUUCGUUUCUUCGUUCUUCGAAGCCGUACAAACACGUAAUGAAAUGAUUCCUGCGUUGCCGAAAAUUCAGUUUAAUAACAAUUAAACUCAUUAUUCCAACAUCCUCUGAUGUUUGCUGGAUAUCAUUGAGACACAUUAUGGACACGGCAUGUUGGAUUCCAUCAAGUAUUGACUGAGGACGCGCCGUUGAGGAACAUUAACACUCAAUAGAAACAGGCUCAUCACUGUUCCCAAAGUCCACAGGAAUGGGGCCUUCCGUAGUAUUACUCGUCGUUGCGGUUUUCGGUUGGGCUGAGGGUUCGUCCCUCCACUACUCAGAGGGCCGCUCCAACCGCCUGCUGUCCCUGGAGAAGACGUUUGGUCGUCCUGCUAAACACUCCCAGUGUCACCACAUGUUGAAGCAUCUCCACCACGGGGCCCGGAUCACCGUCCAGAUUCCCCCCAACAUAGAGGGACACUGGGUCUCCACCAGCUGUGAGGUACGUCCUGGCCCAGAGUUCCUGACGCGGUCGUACCGGUUCUUCCCCAACAACACGUUCCAGGCCAACCAGUUCUACUACAGGGACAACCACUGCACCACCCCCACCUACACCCUGGUGGUCCGGGGACGGCUGAGGCUCAGACAGGCCUCCUGGAUCAUCAGAGGAGGAACAGAGGCUGACUACCAGAUCCACCGUACACAGGUGGUGUGUCACAGUGCAGAGGUGGCCAAGGCCCUGAGCCAGCGGUUGAACCGGAGCUGUCGGGGCGCCAUGAGGAGCAAAGCACCAUGGGAACCCAAUGUAAACUAUGAGCUGUGGAGUGAGGAGGGUGGCUGUGACUGUUCCAGGGAGCUCAACUUCUCCAUGCACGAGUUGCAGCUGCAGCGUGUGGAGAAACAGUACCUCCAUCAUAACGUGGAUCACCUGGUUGAGGAGCUGUUUCUAGGAGACAUCCACACUGAGAAAUCCCAGAGGAUUUAUUAUAGGCCGUCUAGCUAUCAGGCUGCGUUACAACAUGCUAAGAACCAUGACCCCGGCUGCGUCGCCUGUCUUAUCAUCUACCGGUCGGAUGAGUUCCACCCUCCCAUCCUGGCGCCGCGGGCGGACAUGACAGUGGGGCUGACUGGCCAGUGGGUGAGCCAGCGCUGUGAGGUCCGUCCUGAGGUCCUCUUCCUGACCCGUCACUUCCUCUUCCAUGACAACAACCAGACCUGGGAGGGCCACUACUACCACUACUCUGACCCCAUCUGCAAACACCCCUCCUUCAGUAUCUACGCUAGAGGGAGGUACAGCCGAGGGACGCGCUCUACUAGAGUUAUGGGAGGCACGGAGUUCGUCUUCAAAGUGAACCACAUGCGUGUGAUGCCCAUGGACCUGGCCACCACUUCUCUCCUCAACGUGUUCAACGGUAACGAGUGUGGCGCCCAGGGCUCCUGGGAGGUCGGAGUUGAACAGGACGUCACCCUGACCAAUGGCUGCGUGGCGUUGGGGAUCCGCCUCCCACACACAGAGUACGAGCUGUUCCGCAUGGAACAGGAUGCCCAUGGACGAUACCUCCUAUACAACGGACAGAGACCCUCGGACGGGUCCAGCCCCAACCGGCCAGAUAAACGAGCGACCUCGUACCAGAUGCCCCUGGUCGAGUGUUCCGCUAGCAGUCAGAGGUCAGAGGGCAUGGGAGAGGAGGAUGAGGACCGACACCUUAGGCUGAGUAAUGGUGGAACACCGUGGAACCAGAACAGCAGGAACUUUGCUGCGGUUCUCGCAUCGUUGGUUUCACUUUUGUUGUUCCUUUGCCAUAGUUAAGGAACAGACUGACUGACUAAAGUCUCUUUUUUUUACAUAGAGACACUGACGAGAGACGUUAUAGUGUGAAUGUGUACUGUGGAACAUGAGAGAGGAUUCUAUUCUACCCCUGAGAUAACGAACUACUGUAGCUUCUACCCUGUGGGAAAGGAGACUGCUUCUGUGACUUAAACGCACUUGAACUUUUUCAAGGAGCUCUUUUUGGCUCCUUGAACGUUGUGGAAGCUAUGGAAGCUGGGGGUUGACAAGGUGGAGGGCGAGUGGAGAGAGGGAGGGCGAGUGGAGAGAGGGAGGGCGAGUGGAGAGAGGAGGGCGAGAGGAGAGAGGAGGGCGAGAGGAGACUAGUUCCAUUAAUAUCUGGGUUCCUUUGAGCUCCGUUAUUACAGAGGACGUACUGUUGGUACACCACCUGUAGUAGCCACACUACCACUGAUGCUCCGUAACUGUAAUUCAGUGGAAAAUUAUAAACUGUGUAGUUUGAGCCCUUCAUUUUUAAACCACACUGCUCAAAAAAAUAAAGAGAACACUAAAAUAACACAUCCUAGAUCUGAAUGAAUGAAAUAUUCUUAUUAAAUACCUUUUUCUUUACAUAGUUGAAUGUGCUGACAACAAAAAUCAC